AUGGGCGAAAUUGCAGAAAUAAAGGAGAGAGUUUUUAACGGUACAGUCCCUGUUCGUGUUUCUUUUGAUAAACUAGAUAUUCCUUUGUUUUUCAAUGUUCCUAGGUGCAUCACAUUCGGCAUUUUCUUCCAUGAAAAAUUGCAAUCUGAAUUCGGAGAAAAAUGCGAUGACUUUUGGAUGACAUCCAAAGGAAGAUAUAUCCAACCAAAUUUACCAGCUGGUUUAAUUUAUGAUUCUUUUGUUGAGCAAAUUUCCCAAUUUACAAUUUUACAGAUCGAUAUCAAAACAACAGAAUUUCCAUUGCAAGACGUAUUGAGAUGCCCAACAAUGCUUGUAGCUCAACAAUUCUUCAAUCACUCGUUCAAGGAAUCCCUUUUCUUACAAAGUGGCAAUCUUUCAUUGCUCACUCAAAGUUCGAACCUACCAUCGAAUAUUCUUGAAACUAUCAUUAAUCGUAAAUACCCUGAAUUUUUAGAAUUUUAUAGCCAAGUUGAGAAGAACUCUAGUGCAUGGAAAUUAUGGCCAAUUAAAGUCAUGGAUAGACAAGGAAAAGUCACAAAUCAUUUCCUCCCAGGUGAUGGCGAAAAUACACUAAAAGAUGCAAUCAAUGCUGAUAAAGCAAUAAUUCAAGGCAUUGAAGUUGAUGGAAAUACGCCAAUCAAAACACUCAUCCCUACCCUUUUAUAUCCAGAUGGAUUUUUGUAUGUCGUAGUCUAA